AGCCUCGCAGGCCCCGCCGCUCGGCCCGGGCCCGGGGCAGGAGCUGGUCAGCCCAGCUGAGGGGCCGCUGCAGGGGAAGUGGCGCCCCGGGGGCAAGGAGGGGCCCAGCCCCGAGCUCCGCAGCCGCCCGCUCACCUGCUUCCCGCGCUCGCGGCAGGCCCCGCCGGCCCAGCGGAAGGGGCCGCUUCCCAGACGGACCAGGCCCUGCGCGGGGCGGGGGCGCUUUUCCGUGAGGCACCGCCAGUCCCGGCCGGGCCGAGGUAGUUUCAACAGUUUGCCUGGUACUACAGUUAGGCUUACCAGCCUCUAAUUCCCAGGAUCGCCUCUGCGCCCUUGGCAUCCUCCAGUCAUCUGGUACAGAGGCUGAUUUAAGCGAUCGGAUAGGUUACAUACCACAGGUAAUAUAUGCAUGCUGCUGUCCUGUGUGCACCUGAUUCGCCGACCUCUCCAGUGCAUCCAACCUUUGCUUGUCUUGCCUUCACGCUCCUUCAUGGAUCUAAAAGCUCUAGUUUCCUCCUUGAAUGACUUUGCUUCACUCUCUCUGGCUGAAAGCUGGGACAAUGUAGGAUUACUGGUAGAACCGAGCCCACCCCAUACUGUGAGCACACUCUUCCUAACUAAUGACCUUACAGAGGAAGUAAUGCAGGAGGCAUUGCAGAAGAAGGCAGAUCUUAUCCUCUCUUACCACCCACCCAUAUUCCGAGCACUCAAGCGCAUAACAUGGAAAACCUGGAAAGAGCGUCUUGUGAUCCGGGCUUUGGAACACAGAGUUGGCAUUUACUCUCCACACACAGCAUAUGAUGCCAUACCUCAUGGAGUCAAUAACUGGCUAGCCAAAGGACUUGGUGUCUGUACCACUGUCCCACUACACCCAUCAAUGGCUCCCAGCUACCCAACUGAGGGCACUCACCGAGUGGAAUUCAGUGUGGACCAUAUUGAGCACCUGGAGACAAUCCUAUCCAGCAUGCGAGGGAUCCCAGAGAUUUCAUCUCUCAUUACUCUCCCUGCCAGGGCUGAAGGUGAGGAGCAGACACGAGUCAGUUUGAACUGCACCCAGAAGGCACUACUGGAGGUGGUGGCAUUAUUGUCACGGAACAGCCUCCUUUAUCACAAGACUGAAAUAAUGUUAUUACAGAAGCCUCUGCUUCCACAUACUGGAAUGGGACGCCUAUGCACGCUGAGCGAGCCAGUCUCCCUGUCAGCCUUGACUGAACGAAUCAAAAGCCACCUACGGCUGCCUUACAUACGCCUGGCCCUGGGAACGGGGAAGACAUUAGAAGCCAAAGUGAAAGUGGCUGCUGUGUGUGCUGGUUCUGGGAGCAGUGUCCUGCAGGGUGUGGAAGCCGACCUCUAUCUCACUGGAGAGAUGUCCCACCAUGAAGUACUGGAUGCUGUUGCCAAAGGGAUAAGUGUGAUUCUAUGUGAGCACAGUAACACUGAGCGAGGCUUUCUGUCAGAGUUGCGAGAUAUGCUGGCUACACACUUAGAGAAUAAGAUCACCAUCAUUGUGUCAGAGAGCGACAGAGACCCUCUUCAGAUGGUAUAGAAGAAAGCAAGGGUCACAGCAUGGAGUCCAGAGUUUGUGUCCCACACAGACUUAAUGCAAGUGCAAAUUUGAUUAAGAUGCUCUGAACUGGUACAGUCCAGAAUAACUGUACAAUACAUUCCCCAAAGUGUGGGAGAGGUAAAAUAUCUGUCAGGUAAAGAAUGUUAAUUUUGGGCUGACAAACUAUUUCCUGAAGAUUACUUCUUGCUGCACUCAGUAGGGAUGGGAUCAUGAGACUGUAACUGAGUAAUCCAGCAAGAAUAAUAUAGGCUUGAUGUCAUCAAUCUAUGUAGCUUGGUUUCAUAGACCCACCAGUACUAGAAUAUGUCCCUAAUCAUCAGUACAAGUGACUUACAUUUUAGGGGGUCCUAUUAACAUUUCAUUAACUAUUUACAGAUCGUUGACUCUAAAUACUGCUAAUGCACAGCAAAACUGUAUAAAAAUGUGGAACAAGAUUUUGGCAUUUGGUACUAAUAUGUAAUCCUUGAUGUUGCAUUAAGGUUCUUCUAUGCACAAGAAUUGGGAAAUUCCAACUUGUUUCCUUAACCUCAUUGUAUCAGUUUUAAUUGGUCUCAUCUUUAGAAAGCAGAUUUCUUUACCUGUGCUACUAACACUGCAGGAUUACCUACAUUGAAGUAAUGUCUGUUUUUCACCAUAAACGUUGAGCACUUACUUUAUAGUUCAGUAAAGCUUUGAAAAUGAAAGGAAACUGUUCAGGUUUCACAUGUUUGGACUUGUGGGCUACCAUGUUUGGACUAUAGACAAGCAGGAAGAUAUUGAUAUUCAAACUAAAAAAGUUUCCAAGACUUUAAAUUAAAAUGGACACAUCCUUGUUUAGUGCAUGUAAGAGACUGAACUUAAUAAAAAUAAUCCUCUCUCUCCUGUUGGAGUUAAAGUUGUUUGAGAGAGUAAGGAAUUGGAUCAGGAAGCAGUCAGGGGAGCAUAGGAGAAAUAUAGUGGUGUGUGUUUUGGAGGUGCGUAAUGAUUUAUAGAUCUUCAAGCCUGGAUCAAUAGAUACCACCUGAGUAGAAGACUGUAUUCCUACGCACUAAGAAAUGGAGUGUUUGGAGGGUUUUUUUUUUUAAUCAAUACAUGUAGGUUCUGGUUGCAUGCUGGUUUGAGCCUUUACCAGGGAGUUGCUUCAUGUUUUGAAGCUUAUCUCAGCAACCAUGAAGGCUAAACACCUUUAAAAAAAAAAAAAAAGACAAUUGAGCUUUCUUGUGGAAUCCUCUGUCCAGUAGUAUGGUUUUGAAUUAAAACCACCCAGUAUCAUGACAGUAGGGAAGAUGAAGAGUGAAUGCCUCCAGCCAGCACUGAGCCUAUCCUGCUGCCCUUUCUUUCUGUGGCAGGAAGCUGAGACUUAUGCUCAUUCCACUUCCCUGAAGAUGGAAACAGUUCUGGUAAAUACGGGUCACUUAUUUUCACACUUUUAGGGUACAUCUAUACUACCCACCAGAUUGAUGUAUCAGGGAUCGAUUUAUCGCGUCUUGUCUGGAUGUGAUAAAUAGCUCCGCUAAUCGACUUCCGGACUCCAUCUCUGCAGGAGGAGUAAGCGGAGUCGACAGGGGAGCCGUGGCAGUCGACUCACUGCCUUGAGGACAGCUAGGUAAGUCAAACUAAGAUACUUCAACUUCAGCUACACAAAUAGCGUACCUUAGCUGAAGUUGCGUAUCUUAGUUUGAACCCUCCUGCUAGUGUAGCCCAGGCCUUAAAAGCCACCUACCCAAGAAUUCUCAUACAUAGGAAUAGUGAAACGUGAUUUUCUGAGCAGUGGAGUUGGAAUCUAAACUCAGCUGCAGAUCCCUCUAAGCCAGAAUGAUUUUAAUGUCCUCAGAAAAUGGAGACUAGUGCUUAGUGCAGCAAAAAGAUGGUCACUAGCACUAGACUUUACAAACUAGGCAGAGAGGGGUGAUUGGAAACCAUGACCCUCUUCACAAGGCAGCAGAGGUGCCUACUGCACUUUCAGUGGAAAUCCGAGACUAACCUUUCCCUGUGCAACGUGCCUGCUUUCACAACAAUAGCUGCAGGUGUUCCACUUGUAAUACAGCAUCCCUCCCAGGGCCAGUGGUUUUACAGACCCAAUCAGGACCUUCCUCAUACAUAGUUUGAAUGUUGUCAUACACAUUGCCUUUGUUUGAAGCUCUGAAGAAACUUCACUGACCCAGUCUAUGUACAGUUCCCUUUAAUGUUAAUUUCCUCAAGCCUAGACCUUGCACAAUCUAGUUCACUAGGCCCUGCCAGCCCACGGCGGUUAGAAGUCCAUUCUUGGUAUUAGGCCACUGUAGUGUGCCUGUGAGCAGUCUGAAUCCAUAGCCUUGAGCAUACAUGGUACGUGAGGGAUUUAGCCAGGAAUCUUCACUUAAAGAGAAGUGGAAGCAUGUGGUUAAAGAUUCUCUGCCAUCUAACCAAAGUACUCAUUUCAUCAUUAGUAAAAUGUUUUCUGAGGCUAAGCUAGAGUUUAUUUUCUUCUGAACUUUCUUUAGGUAAAUGAAACAAUUAUUGCCUUAUGCAGUAUUGCAGCAGGCUCAGCUUCGUCAUAUAGACCAGGAGUCGGCAACCUUUCAGAAGUGAUGUGCCGAGUCUUCAUUUAUCACUCUAAUUUAAGGUUUCGCGUGCCAGUAAUACAUUUUAACAUUUUUAGAAGGUCUCUUUCUAAAAGUCUAUAA